GUGAUUAAUCACGAUUAAUUUCUUAAAUUGCUUGACUGCCCUAUUUUUUAUCAGUAAUAAUGAAAAUGUGUGUGUGGAUAUGUAGGGAAAAACUAGAUUUCACUUGAGGGCUAAUAAGAGAGUAUAUGUGCUUGUGUCAGUAAUGUUAGUAAAGGAUUGGAUUCUAUCACAUAAUUCCGUUCAGGGCCUUUGAGGCUGACAUAUGGAGAAGGGAACCUUAGAAACACAUCUAGGAUAGUAACUGUAAAUUAUUAGUGACUUUUGACAUAAUAGUGUGAUCAGUUAUUUAAUGUUUUGACAUCAUGCAGUGUGUUUGAUUCUGUGGGUAUGUCCUGUAGACAGCAUCCUGGCAUCUAUAAAAUUAUUCCAGUCAAAGAAACUCAGGUAGGGAACCAACUUUAUUGCUGUAUGUUCAACUUCCAAAAAGAACUGUGUCACACCCAAUAUCUAGUAUUUCUCCAAGAUCUAGCCUCCUAUUGAUUUAAACAAAAUUUGUAAGGCCCACUGAAACAGCGUCAUCUGGUGACAUCCAAUAAUAUUACAAACUAUGACAAUUUUACACUUAGGAUAUUGAGUAAAUCAUUCAUAUUUGAGUGAUUUAUUUUGUGUUUAAUUUCCUGUUACUGCAAACAUUUGAAUUAACAUAAAUGAAUAAUAAAAUGCAUGGAAAUAAACAUGGAUAUUAUCCAGCAUUCAUACAACAUAAAAUCAAAUCCUUCCAAGGCUAAUUAGAACAAAUGUUAACAUUGUGCCUGAGCUAUGAAUAUAUAAAUAGCAAAAGUGUGCACAAAAAUAGGCGACAAAGAUUUUCCUGUUUUUCUGUGCAAGUGCACAUUUUGCGUGAGUACAAUUCAGGUACAUCAUCUGGAAAAUUUAGAACUCAAUAUGUAGUAAGAUCUUAUGUGUACUUCAGAACAUAAUUACUGCUCAGUUAAGUAACUAAGGUAGGCCCUGAUCCUGCAAACACUUAGAUGUGUUUAACUUUAUAGACACUGCCAGUAACUCCAUUGACUUCAACUGGACUCUCCUAUGCAUAAAGUUAAGUAUUUGCUUAAUAGUUUGCAGGAUAGAGGCCAUAAUUCAUUAUAUGUUCCAAGCACAAUGAAACUAUUUAAUUAAAAAUGAAACCAUUUAAUUAGAUACAAGCCUAUUCUCCAUGGUUCCAAUUCUAAUAGGACCAUUUAAUCAAAACUAUCAAAAUUUUAAUAGUGUCUAAUGACUAAACAAGUAACAUCCAGUUUUGUCAUCUACAAUACGCCUAUUGUUGAAUCUCUGCCCUUACAUGCAAAACAGAUUAUUGUUGUUACAUGUUAGGAGGAAGUGGUGAUCAUUUGAAUUUAACCAUUACUUAUAAUAAUGCUGCUAUUUCUUGUUUCUCGAGUUCCUAAUAUUCAAAUGCAUUUUUACUGAAGUUGAGGGUGAGCACAACAGAACAGAAUACCUACUUCCUCUUUGCCUGACGCUUCAUUUUUCUGUAUUGGGACUCCGAGGAUACCAGAACUGUCCUCACCAAUUCUUUUCUCAUUAGAAGAAGCAUAUCACCAAAAUGGUAGAACCCAACUACACAGAAUAUCUAGACUAUACAUUUGAUUAUGACAAAAUUACAUCACCAUGUGACAAGAGGGAAGUCAGAAACUUCACAAAAGUAUUUUUGCCAAUUGCAUACUCAAUUAUAUGUGUCUUGGGCUUAGUGGGUAACAUCUUUGUAGUAAUGACCUUUGCUUUAUAUAAAAAACCCAAGUCUAUGACAGAUAUAUACCUCUUUAACAUGGCCAUAGCAGACAUAUUGUUUGUUCUCACUCUUCCAUUCUGGGCAGUGAAUUAUGCUGCUGAAAAAUGGAUCUUUGGUGACUUCAUAUGCAAAAUUACCAGAGGUAUUUAUGCAAUCAACUUCAAUUGUGGUAUGCUGCUCUUGGCCUUUAUCAGUAUGGACCGAUACAUUGCUAUUGUACAGGCAACAAAGUCAUUUAAACUUCGGGCUAGAACGCUAGCAUACAGUAAACGGAUCUGUUUGGCUGUAUGGGUAUCAUCAAUUUUAAUUUCCAGUUCCACUUUCAUAUUCAGUCAAAGCUACAGCCACUCCGUCAAUGAAACAAAUGAGAUUUGUGAACACAGAUCCAAUAGUGAGACAAAAGGCACUACGUUGAAAUUAUUGCUGCUGGGUAUGCAACUUCUAUUUGGAUUUUUUAUCCCUCUGCUGUUUAUGGUAUUUUGCUAUGCAUUCAUUGUCAAAACCUUGGUGAAAGCUCAGAAUUCCAAAAGAAACAAAGCAAUAUGUCUGAUUGUAUUAAUUGUGAUUGUUUUCCUGAUUUGUCAAGUACCAUAUAACAUGGUUCUUCUUGUGACUGCCAUAAAUAUGGGUAAAUUGAAUAAACUGUGUGAUAGUGAAAAGCAAAUAGCUUUUGCGAAGUACAUUACAGAAGCCCUGGCCUUCUUCCAUUGUUGUUUGAACCCAGUGCUCUACGCUUUUAUUGGGGUGAAAUUUAGAAGUUACUUUGUGAAUAUGAUGAAGGAUCUGUGGUGCCCGAGAUACAAGAAAUACAAGACCAAGAGUUCAAGGAUAAGUUCUGAUACCUAUCAUUCAAGGCAGACAAGUGAAAUUAUGAGUGACAAUGUGUCAUCCUUUACUAUGUAAUAUAACUUCAAUAUUAUUAUGAAGGAGCUUUGAUUAUAUUCAUCCAAAAAUCCAAACCAAUCUCAUUAUUCAUGUCACAGCUAGUGAUUUUGACUUUCCUACAACCUAAAGAGUAGUUUCUAUGAUCUACAGCUCCCUCCAUCAAAACAAUUAACAUAAACAGAAGAAUGACACGACUAUGGAAAACUCGUAUUAAUCACCGUCUAGCUAAUGCUUAUGCUGUUUUCAAAUACAGGCACUUAGAAUUCUCCAGAGAGCUAAAUUUAUCAAGCAACUUCCUUGAUUCUAAUGAAAAAUUGCAAGUUUAAUUUGAACAUUUCCUUGGUAUUUUGGUUUUAAAACAGGGUUCAUUUCAGCUAUCUCAUAUUAUAACAACAAUUUUAAAAGAAUCAAAAGGACAAAUUCACCACCAGCCCAACUCCAUUUAUACUUAUGUUAUUAUUCAUUAUUUAUAUUGCAGUAAUAUCUUGAGGUCCUGACUAAGACUGGGACCCCUUUGUGCUAGCAUUGUACAUACACAUAGUAAGAGACAGUCCUCACACCACCGAGCUUGCAUUCUGAAUAGCCAAGACAGAUAGCGAAUGGGAAGGAACAUGCUCAAGGUCACAUAACAAGUCUGUGGUAGAAUGGUCUCCUGAGUCCCCGUGCAGUCCAGUGCCCUAACUACUGACUGCUGCCUCCCUAUAUAGUUGUGCCUUCUAAUGUCAGCACUGAAUUGUCCAGAGCCAAUACUAGCAUGGCUACUGAAGGGAAUAGUAUAUAUAUUUUUAAAAUACACACUGAAAGGUUUUGUAACAUCUCCUCAGUUUUUAUCGUCUGUGGAACAGAAAAUAAGGUUUAUUUGAGAAGAGAUAUUUUCCUGAUUUGGCAGUGGAACUUCAGGUUGUAGACUCCUCUGAAACUGACCAUUUUGUAAAUUUGUCCUUGAGAAAGGCCAAGACACCACUCUGAAUAUUUUUCUAUUUGCUUUAUUAAAUGAAAUUUUAAAUUCA